AUGUCACUUUUGGGUUCCAAAAAGACGCGUAAACGACGCUAUCGCCACAGACUUGUUUGUGAAUCAUGCAAAAAAGAAAUUGACUCGGACUAUAAAGAAAGUCACAUUAAAAAUAUUCAUAAUGGAGAUAAAGUGCAAUUUAAUAUAGUACUGGAAUCAAACCAAUCGCAGCUUAGUAGUUUUUUUCACCAAGGACAAGGUACAAAACCGUCAAAGCAAACGAAGCUUUUUGUGUCUAAAGAACAUGGUAAGGAAAUUGCUCAAUCAAUAACAAUUGUUCCUGAAACUGCUUCACCACACAGUGAUGUCCCUAUUGAAGAAAAUACUCCAACUCCGUGGCCAACAACUCAUGUGGUGGGCGACACUGACAGUAGUCCAGGCAGUUUGAAGUGUGGAGCACAGCCGUCGAAUAUCGUCAAUGAAUUAAGUGCUAAAACCAAAAAAGUGAACCUUGUAUCUCCGUCCGACAAUUCUAACAUAUGCAAUACCAAGAAAGAAUUCGCAAGUUGCACUUGUUCCGCCAAGUCUCACAUUGAAGUUCAAGACGUGACAAAGAGCACGAGCGCAAUUGAUAACUCGAAUGUCAAUGAUAAUUCAGUACCAGCCACUCCUAAUUCAAUCCCAGAAAUAGUACAACACGGUUCACACGGACCACACCAGCCAAUUCUUUCAGAAUAUAAUCGUAGGAAGUUCAGUAAUGAAACAUCAACUAGAGACUUCAAUGAACAAUGGUAUAAGAUUUACCCUUGGCUGAGUUUCGAUAUUCAAAGCCGUAAAUGUGAAUGCUUUCCUUGUAAGGAAUUUAUGAAAGACAAUUCGUUCUUGUUCGAUAACUGGAAAAGGAGUGAUCGGCUCUUCAAGCAUACAAAAAGUGCUGUCCAUAAGAAUGCAAUGACCAAAUGGAUUACCGCAAAGAUUAAUUGUAAGCGACAAACAUCUGUACUCAAACAGUUAGCGGACGCUCAUCAACGAGAUAUUAUGCACAAUCGUGCAUAUCUGCGAGUGAUUAUCACCAGCAUAUUUUAUAUUGCACAGCAAAAUGUGGCAUUAAGAGGGCACAAAGAGAAAAGAGAUGACAUUGCUGGAGCUUCUGACCUAAAUCGAGGAAAUCUGUUGGAACUGUUGCACCUAAGAUGUAAUGACAUCCCGUGGCUUGGAGAAAAAUUACAACGUCAACUCAAGUCGCACAUCCAGUGGACAUCGCCGUCAAUCCAGAACGAGAUCUUAAAUAUUCUAUCUGAUUUUAUUGUUAAACGAAUCAAGGAUGACGUGUUGUCAUGUCGAAAUUUUGCUGUCAUUAUGGAUGAAACGUCAGAUAUUAGUCGCAUAGAGCAAGUUUCAAUAUGCUUAAGGUACGUUUUGGCGGGUGAAACACUUGAAACUUUCAUUGGAUUUUUUUGCACUUCCUCGACUGAAGGAAUCGUUUUGCUUGAACUUUUGAAGAACGUAAUCACAGAAAAUGGUCUGAAAUUGGAAGACAUUGUUGGUGAGUGCUUUGACGGAGCAUCAAAUAUGAGCGGCAUUCAUAAAGGGGUAGCUGCAAGAAUGAAAGAAUGCUGCCCCCGUGCGGUGUAUGUGCAUUGUUAUGCACAUGUUCUUAAUUUGGCUUUGCAAGAUACUAUGAGCGAAAUAGAACCAUUGAGAAAUUCUUUAGGGACAUUGCAAGGCCUAUACAAUUUUUUAGAAGCCAGUCCAAAACGUCAUGCUGUAUUCAGUUCUGUGAAAGUUGACGGCAAUUUCAUAAAAAAUCUUACAUUAAAGUCUAUGAGUCAAACAAGGUGGUCAUGCAGAUGGGAGGCAGUGAAAGCAAUCUAUGAACAGAUCAGGAAAGUAAUCAAAGCUCUUCUCAUUUUAUCUGAAGAUAAGGAUACUAAAACCUACAGGGAUACCACCGCCCUGUUGAAUGCGGUUUGUGAUUUCCAAUUCGUCCUUGGCUUGAUCCUGCUCAAGGUCAUAUUGUCAAAUACAAACGCUUUGAGUAAAUACCUACAAGGGAAAAGCAUUGACGUAAUCAAUGCUAAAAGAAAUGCGGAUUUAGUUAUAAAGACCCUCACAAAUUGUAGAAACGAAAACAAUUUUGAGCUAUUAUGGAAAAGAACGAUAGUCAUGUCUGAAGAAAUAAAAGAGGAAAUUAACGGAUCUCGGUUCAUAUUCAAAGAGGCAAAGGCACCACGAAACCGCCCGUCUCGUCGACUUCAAGCUCUUAUUGGGGAAUCAUCUGAUAAUGUUGAGAAAGUUACAACGCCAAAAAACCAUCAUCGUAUCAACACCUUUUAUCGAUCUCUUGAUUCCGUUAUUGGAGAAAUGAAAUCGCGAUUCAGUAAGAACGAUCAAGAAAUUCUCUGCGCAUUGGGGGACGUUGUGUUAAGCAAAACACCUUCACGGAACAGUUUUGAACUCGUAGCUGAAUUUUACAAAGUUGACCAAGAAAUUCUUGCAGUUGAAAAGAGUAUGUAUGAGAAUUCCGUAACCGAAGACUCCGAUCCGGAUACUCAGCCGAGAACAGCUGUGCAGGUUGUGAAAUCUAUGUUUGAAUGCGGACUUAACGACCUAUUGCCAGUGUUAUACGAAGUAUCCACUAUACUGGCAUCAAUUCCAGCGACAUCCGCAUCUGCUGAAAGGUCUUUUAGUGGGUUAAGACGAGUGAAAACAUACCUUCGCUCGAAUAUGGGUCAAGAACGGUUGAAUUCGGCGGCUUUGAUUAACAUUGAACGAACAUAUGCCAACAAAGUUGUUAACAAUGACAUAGAUGACAUAAUUAACACAUUUGGUCGACGACAUGGACGUCAGUCAUACUUCUUUUAG